AUGCUUUUGUUCGAUUGGACAUUUCAUUUGGGCGACACAUGUGUUGACAUGGCCAUGGAAGACACACCACCUAUACCACCAUCUAUUAUAUGCCUUUGCCGAUACACUGUUUACUGCCUGACAACAGGGGGCACUGUGAGGUGGCAGAUCCGACUUGAACAGGUCGGCACGGCGCUAAUGGUUUAUAAUGUGGGAAAAGAAACUCUUUCCGUUCGAUUGUGUGUAGCCACAAACUCGAACACACUGCUGGUCUUUAUGGACAAUAAAUUGAUGUGGAAUAGUCAGACGGAGGACGUAGUCGUAUCGCUCAAGCUUAGCAGUUUCAAGUAGGU